AUGAGAACUCUUGUCAGCCGUGUCGGUGUCUGGUUUAUAGUGAUCGAUGCUCUAGACGAGUGUGGAGAUGAGGAUAAUCUGCUAUCAGACCUCACUGAAGCCUUCGGUGAUCUUUCAGUCCAGAUUCUACUUUUCAGCCGACCCAACGUACGAGGGUUGCGUAAGAAACUAGAGCCACAGCAGAUAUUAACGAUCGACCGCUCGCGCAACGCUGAGGACCUCGAAGUCUAUUUCGAAACCCAUCUGACAAGCCUAAUAGAUCGUGGUGUGCUCCCUUCUUCUGCAGAUAAGGAGCAACUGACUGGAAACCUCCUGAAAGGUGCUGAUGGCAUGUUCCAGUGGGCUCGACUAAUGAUCUGCCAUCUACAAUCUGAGGGGCUUUUACCAUGGCAGCGAUUAGGCAUCAUCAGAAGUCUAACCACCCCUGAAAAUCUCGAUGACGUCUACCUCCGAAUUCUUGGCCUUCUGUCCAAGAAGGCAAUCUCGGAACAAUCACUGACGCGAAAGCUCUUCGGGUGGCUCACUUUCGCGGAGCAUCCUCUCACGACGCAUGAGUUACAGGACAUAUUGACACCAUCGCCAGAUGACGCUUCCGCAAAGUCAUCGAGAAUAUGUCCAAGACCUCAAGAGGAGGAGUUCACCGAUUUUGAGGGCAGUGCAAUCAUACUCAGUGGCAGUUUGAUCGAGAAAAGAUCGUUUCCAAGCUCAUUGCCUAUCUACGCUUUCGUACAUAAAUCGGUCCACGACUUCUUCCGAUGGAGAGGGAAACCUGUCAUUGCUACACCUAUCGACUACUUCCUCCCCCCCGCACAUCGGACACAUGUGGAACUGGCUUUCCAGUGUCUUUCCUACAUACGUCGGAGGAUACCAGGAGCUCCUUUGUCCGGCAGCAUGUUUGAGCCUGCCCAGAUAGGCGCACUGAAUCGCAUGCGUCCAUUUGCUAGCUAUGCAGCACUUCACUGGCCCUAUCACUUGUCGAAUAUGAGCGACUCGGCCGCUCCUACCGAUGUUAGUUCCUUCGUAGGAUGUCGUGAUAUCAUCGAAGAUACAGUGUCUGUAGUCGGAGAGUUUCUCUUGAACAAAUUGCUGCCAAUGGUAUGGGUCGAGCUCAAGUACACUUUCCAGAAGGAGUCCAGGAAGCACGAACUCUUACACAAGACCAUGAAUGAUUGGGCAUUAUGGAUUCAGACUUGCGAUCUCGGAUGGCUUCCAAUUGACUUGCAGAAC